AGUCAGACGGUCGUGCGCCUCCGGUUCACUCGCUACAGGAUCCGGGCGCAAACUGGAGGAAUGCGUGGCGAAACACCAAGUUUGUUUGGAUUUUCACCGAGGAGGAGUGUCUUUUAAUAAGUGUAUUUUCACACCUGAGCGGAUCUCUCCCUCCUGGAGUCAGAAAUGUCACACCAGCAGCGGGUCGUCCAGCUCGCCGCCGCCUCGCUCGCCGUAGUCCUCGGCUUGGACGAGGGGAGCUUACACGCCGGCGGAGGGAAACUUAAUGGCAACUCUGCGAGCGGGCAGGAGAUUUUCGCGGACUUUAGGGCGCAGAACUUGCGCAGUUUUUGGAAUAAGAGACUCGUCAAGGCUAUGACUGAGGUGUACUUUCAGGGAUGGAUGGAAAAUCUGGUGCUUUUCAUUCACGGGAACGCGAACAACCUGGAGGUGCUGAGGGAAGCGUGGAUGCGCAGGGCUCUGAGGUCACCUAAAGGAUUUAUCAUCAAAGCUGUCGGUAUGUAACACCAGUCUUAUCAAUGAACUCCUAUCAGUCAUGAUCAGAAGUGUGAUUACUAACCAGCUGAUUCGAGUGGAACAACUUUUCCUGCUCACCUGAGUUCACAAAGUUAGUCUGCAGUGCAAAACAGGAGAGUGUGGUAGCCGAUGACACAGGGAAUAAAAACACUGUAAUGAGCAGCUUUGACUCCCAUGCAAAAAAUUAAUGUGGUUUAUUUUACUGAAAAGGAUUCCUUAGUGUCACACAUUCAGCAGAUAGAUAGAUAGAUAGAUAGAUAGAUAGAUAGAUAGAUAGAUAGAUAGAUAGAUAGAUAGACUUUAUUGAUCCCAAACUGGGAAAUUCUCAUGUUACAGCAGCAAAAAACACAAAAUAAAAUUAAAUAUAAUAAGUAUGUACAAUGCUGACUAAAUAUAUACAAUAAAUACAGACUGAAUAUACUAAACACCCUAAGAGAAAAAAGUGAGAUAUGAAAAAAGUGGGCUAUUGAAAUGAGUAAUAUAUAUGAAAUGCGAAAUAUACAUAUAUACAUAUACAACAUCACAAGACAGAAAUGCAUAAAAGAAGUAAGUUGGACAAAACUGAACAGAGUUUAACUCUGUUUUCUAGUCAUCUGUGGCUGAUUUUAUUCAUUUCUUUCAUACAAAAAUACCUCCAAUAAGUGGCAUUAUCCUAUCACUUCUCUCUAUUAAAAUAUCAUUUUAGUAACCUCAGUGUCAGGGCUUGUCUUCUCUUCCUUGCUGCUGUUUGUUUUAGAUUGCUCUGGCUUGUCUACUGUGUGUGAUGCGCAUAAAAACUAAACCCCCUUCCAAGUAAUUAACUAGAAACCGCAAAUCGUUGCCAUGAACAGUAAAACUGCUUCAUCUACAAAUUUCAGACACCUCAACUUUUGCAUGAAGGAUCUGUUUCAUUGGUAUUAAUACAGCCUUAAUCUCUGCCCCCCUUUGCAUUAUUGUCUUGUGUAUUUAAGAGGAUUUCAUGAUCACCAGCGUCUCUUUCUUGGCGACAGUGUGAUAUAUUUACUAAAGCUUGUUAACAAAGCUCGGUAAUUAACCUCAAAUGGCUCUUAUCCUCUGGCUCACCCUCACAGAUGUGUUUUAAAGCGCAUAACUGCACAGAAACAAUGAAUGGAAACCUUUAUGUUGCCUCUUAUAGCGUGAUCUCAUGGGCUAUAAAUGCAUGACAGAACCUGCUGCUGGAGAAAAUGACAACCGUGCACGAGUCUCAGAGCCUCUGACAGUGUUAUCGAGAGCUACACCAGGUUGUUCACAUUUAUGGGAGACAGAUGCUACAUUUUCAGCGCUGCAAGUGAGGAAACUGGUUUAAUGUUUCUGCAGUCAAGCACCACCCCCAUUGCAAGAAUUGCACCAGUGAAGGAUGCAAUAGAGUUGGAAGCUGUUUCUUGAGUUGAGCUGCUGCAGCUGCUUUUUGGUUGUUGAAAAUGCGUCCCCGCAACACACGCUGGUUCUGAGUCGCCAUCAGGUCCAAACUCCAACCUUCCAAGAUUUCAUUACUCUUUAAGUGUUAUUUUUCUGGAUGCACCCCUCGCUCCCGUUCAGAUUGAACAGUGUGCAGACAAGUGAAGGGAGGAAUGUGGAGUGAAGGAGAGGAAGAAGAGACCACACAGGGGGAGACGUGGGAGGGUGUGGAGCGAUGGAGGGGUUGGGGGGAGGAGGUAGAAGCUGACAUGUCAACCUGCUGUGAGACAUUUUCUGACCCAGAGCGCCAACUAAGCAAACAAACAAACUGCAUGUGAGCCAAAAGAGCUGAGCCUCGCACCGUACUUUGACUUUUAUUCACUGCGUCUUAGACCCUCCCAUCAGAGAUUCACAGAGAGAUCUGAGAUAUCAACACUGGAUCAGCUGUUUGUGUCUGCACACUUGGGUAUUCAUUGUAACAAAAACUCAGACAGUAACAGUGUUAUUUUCUCUGAGUGGGUCCUCCUUAGCUCUGGGAAUAGGGCGACACAGUUUAAGAGAACUGAAACGCAGGAUCUGACACUUAAAGUACUGUUGAUGAUCAGAUAAAGUCAAACUUUAAAGACCUUGUGAGAACUUUUUGGGGUCGUACCGUUUCUUUUUAUCAUCUUUCUUUAAGUUUCCAUUUUGUCAAAGAUAUCCCACUCACUAAAGGACACUCGUCAUCUAUCAUCUGUCUUAUUUUGAUAUUUAUUUGUUGACUUUACGAUUUGAUAGUAUGAUCUCAACUGGUUCAGCUGUACCCUGCCUUAUAUUCACUAUCUUAGCAUCCUUACAUACGGCUGUUUGUGUGUGUAUGUAUAUGUGACUUAUUUGUUUUUAUUUAGUUUUUAAUGGACUGUAAAGCACUUUGUGUUACAUCCUUUGUAUGAAAAGUGCUUUAUAAAUAAGAUUUGAUUUGAUGAUACGAUACAAUAUGAUCAGUUUUUUUUGCCCCCCUAUGUAAAUUGUCUUUAACUCAAGUGCCCCUCAUAUUAAGCUUCCUCAAAAGUAUACUUAAGAAUUUUUUUGAAAAGCCAAAAACCAAACACAUGCAAAUAUGUUUGAUUUUUACGUCAUUGCGGAGGAAAAGUCUUUGUACUUCUCUCUUCUCAUCUUUGCCUUUGAAUGCCCCGCAGGUGUCGAUUAGUUGUUGUGUUUGAGCCUCACACCCGAAACUUGUAAGCAAACACGUCUGUGUGUGGACUUGUCACCUCCUUCUCCUCCCUAACAAAUCUUCCACCUCACACUGCAGCAAUUUGUAUGGAAAUCAGUGCUGGCAGCCUGUCAGAGGCUGGUUUACUGCCUCCUCACUGAGGAUCGGUCAGCAGUGAAUCACCACGCGACUGCCUGCAGACCACUGCUGCUUUUUUUGUUACCCAGGAUUGAUGUCCCUCCAGUUUCAUGGCCAGCCAGGGAGUGUGGAAGUCAGACCCUUUGGAUUGAUAUCCAGCAUGGACUCAGAGGCCUUGACAUUGUCGUGAUAUAAAUAUGUCAGCUGGAAAACAGAAAUGUUAUGAGUUAUGGGCUACAGUGAAUUUCAAACAGCCCUAUUUCCUUUCUCCAGGUCAGAGCAAGGUUGGGACGUGACUUUACUACGAAGAGGAGAUUUUUUUUUUAAUGAAGGGUAAAGAAACCAGUUUAAAAGAUUAGCUAAAAGUUAACAGAUGUGGUUUGAAUUAGCGUAGAAAAAGAAACCAGAUUUAAUCAUUAGAUGCUGGCUCCUCAUUCACCCUGCCUGAUUAUCAGAGCCUGAAUGAAGACAGACUGCUCUGUCAGCCAUCACUCGGUCUGUUUCGCUGCAUUUUAGAAGAAAGAGGUGAUGAGGAGGAUUAAUAGAGGAUUGGGAUGGUGGUGAGGUUAGGCAGAGCUAAACAGACAGGGUGAGGAGUUAGUGUGAACAGGCCGAGUUUGUUAUCCUUGUGGGAAUGGGACUCACUGGUACUGAGCUUGACCUUUACACUUUAACUCGGUAACGUCUGCAGGGUGUUUCUCAUUCUUUCCCUAAUACUCUGAAAUUAUUUCCCCAUCCCUCUUCCUCUUUUAAAUUGUUGUUUUUGUUUAAGUUUCACUGUAAUAUAUUUCCAUUAAUGAUAAACCAGAGUACAGAGUGUUUCCUGCAUGUGAAGAGCAAAUAAAAGUGUGUUUACAUUUACUGUGUGAGCCAAUACUCACUUUAUUGUAACCUGGAUGGAGUUUCAUACAAUAUUUAAGUUUCAGCUCGUAUCUUGUUCCUUUUUGAUGCUCAUUUGGACCACAAGAGACAAAAAAUAGCUCUGACUGACACUUUCCAGGCUUACUAGGUACUCCUGUGAAAUCCAGAGGCUUCAUAAUGACUGUGAGCAGGUCCUGAAUUAUUUAGAGUCCCACUAUUGUCCCUGCAGCAGGAUGAGCAUGGAUCCAAGAGCUGAAACAUUUAUACGGAGUUAGCCAGUGGUGUAAUGAGGUGUCCUGUGUCCUCACUACAACUGGCCUCUGUAAACUGUCCUCUUGAACAUGGACAUGAAUGAACCCUCUAAACAGACCGAUCACUUUCAUUGAGAAAAGUUGAUCAAUAAGAGGCGUAGUACGGUAGAUCUGCCUGUGUUUUGUAAAGGGGUUACAGCACAUCUAUGAGGGACUUUUUCAGCCAAGUUAUCUUUUCAAUGGUAUGUUUCAUUUAACUCACCAUACCAUGUGAGGCAUUCCUGAGAUGCUUCAUUUACUCUUGAGAUCAUUUCCUGAGUUUGCCAGCUCAGAGCGCCUCGUUCCUGCUCUUUACUUGAAAGUGUCCCACUUUCACACUGGGGGUGUCUCCUUUCAUGAGGGUGUUUUGUCAGAGUCUCAAAGCGGCUUCACUAAUGGUCAUAACUCUUCCAGAUGUUGGCUUAUUAACCAUGACACCCCCUCGCAGGGCCCUACCAGUUUUAAAUGGCCCACCCUGUCCUAACUAAGCUGCGCGGGUCAAAGGUUACAACCUCCUGCCUAACAAGCCACCUUAAGGUCACGCAGCUUCAGAGGGCUUAUUAGCACACAAACACACGAAUACACAUCAAUACAGUAUUCAGGUGUUCCUUAAUACUCACUGUUCAGCAUUGUUAGAGGUUUAUAGCAGUGGUUCCCAACAGUUUGAGUCUCACACAGGCCUAUAUUUUAUUCCCAUUAUAUUUUAUGUAACAGUGGUUAACACCAUUUUUAAAAAGAUAAUAUUGUUUGGUAACACUUUACAAUAAUCUUAACUUAUAAAUGGUAAAUAGAAUUAAAAUUUUGAAUUUAUUUUAUUUGUCUUAUACAAAGAAAACACCAAAUCAUCAACAACAAUAAUAAAACACAACCAUAAUUGUUCAAGAAGGGACAGGAAGAAGCAAAUGCUUAUCUUGUCUGGACCCCUUCUUACCAUGUCAUAUAACUACGUUGGGAUGAUGAUAAUAACAGUAAUAACAAAACAUAUACAAAUACAUAUAUAAAUACAAAUCAUGAUAAUAAAAAGUAAUUAGAAAACACGUGAGUUGCUAAUAAACAUAUUUAAAAGGCAUCAUGCACAAUAGAGAGUAAUUAAGAAAGACAAUGAAUAAUUAUAUUUAUUAAAUCAAAUUUUGAUAAUUUUGUACAAGGAGCUGUAUAGACCAUUUAUAAAUGGUAAGCAGAUAGUUUAUUAAUGUUUAUUAAUGUUUAAUCAUCAUCUAUAAAUAGCAUAAAGACCAUUAAUGAAUUAUAAAUUUUACAAUUUUAAAAACCUAACCCUAACUUUACAAUAACAUUUAAGUAACGUUUAUAGGUAUUUUAUAAACCACUUAUUAAUCAUUUACAAAGUGCUUCUGACACACAUUUAAAUCUAGAUGUUUUACAACCAACAUUUAAACCCUAUAUAAACCUUAAUUAUUCUUUUUUGUCAAUGAUGAUUAAACAUUAAUAAACUAUCUAUUUACUAUUUAUAUAUUAACUUGGGAAUUUGGGAAAGCUUGCAUUAAUACAAGGCUACUAACCAGUCCAUUGCUGUCAGCUAACUCUUUAGUAAACUAUACCAACUGCUUUUUUCUAGGCUUACCAAAUAUUUAAUUAUUCUUUUUUAAUUGCCUAUUUCCAGUUGCAUUAUUAUACUGGUCUGUAUUAUAUUCCUGGUCACUGAGGAGGGCAGCAAGGUACACAUUUGAUUGAGAUCAGCUUCACACAGCUCGGUCAUACUUAUUCAAACUCAUGUGAUAGUUAAAGAUAAACACUCUCCAGCUCCCUUGGGGCUAAUACCACAAUAUUAAUAUAAUAACAUUAAGCUGUUAAACUAAAUAUACUCAGACGUUUUCCAUGGAAAUGAUGAAGAGUCUGAAUUUUGACAGCGGUUUUCUUGCGAAAACAGAGGUGGAAUGUUUUUCGAAACCUUACCCCGAAUAUUACACCACAUGUGCUUGGACUGAAUCGUGCGGUGGUCAUUUUUCUGCUUUUUGGUCUUGUUCGAUCAAAGUUCAUUUAGUUUUAUUUGUGCAAAAUAAACAGUUUACUGGAGACAAAAUGAAUUGUAUCGUGAACAGGUUUCAACGUGCGCCUAUCCGAAGAAAAUCAGUGUUUUUAAAAUGUACAUUUCUUUCAAAAUUCAAUCUUUAGUACAAGGUAGUUAAUUUUGAAAACCAUUUUACCAGUGCCAAGGGUCUGUCACUGCAUUAAAAAUGUACUUUGUGAAAAAUAUGGGUCUAUAUGGUAAAGGUAUGAGAAUCCCUGACCUCUGUUCCCAGACAUGACCUUCCACAUGUGUGUGCACACCUCUCAGCACAUCAUUUGUCAGCCACAUCCUUUUCCAAGAGCAGGAAGCUCACCCCUUGCGCAAAUCAGGCAUGUUGCCCUUUUUAUCGACCCAAAUAUUGGGCUCACCCGUAGCAGUGGGGUGGAGCUGUGCCAGCAAUAACAGUUGAGGAGUUUCCUCCGUAUCCCUCAGCUUAUAGACCCUGUCAGCAGCUGCUUGGGUUUCCCAUAUGGGAUUUGAAUUCAUUCACUCUCUAGGCAGACAAAUGGGUCGACAUGAAGUGAAGAUAUUUGCAUUAAAUUCUGUGUUACUAUUACUCUUCACUUUCCUGACAGGAUGUUUUCUUUGCUUCAUUUAGCAGUGACAAAUGCACUGGUAUGCUAACAUUGGUUCAAUGAUAGCAGAGUGCCGUGUUAUUGUAGUUUCAGAGUGAAAGAUUCUUUCAAAGACCUGGACUGAGCAGCAUGCUGACCAUUUAGAGUAAAUUAAAAAGCAAUGGAUCAUAUAGCACACAGUGGACAGGGGCUCAGGUCUAAAUACUGGGAUAACAAACGCAGGAAUCCACUGCAGCCUGAGCUGGGUUUAACAAGAGGAAAUAGGUUUCAUCUGCCAGCAAUAACUGCCAUCACUCUUGAUUAAGGGGUGUGGAUCUACUGGAAACCCUCUUAGAUUGUGUUCAUAUGUUUUGGUGGCGGGGUGCCACAGGGGGGUAAAGCCGCAUGGGGGACAGAAGAUAAUACCCAGACUGAGACAUAGUUAUGGAAACCAGACACUAGGGCCUAUUUCUGAGCAAAACAAUCAGUUUGAAAGUACAAUAUACAAGAAUGAUUUAGUUCAUUAUCACUCAAAUAGAAAAACUAAUUAAAGUUUACUAACAGCUUUAACACAGGACCUAACACGGAGCCUUGGGGAACACCUGUCCAAGACAUUCAAGUCUUAAGUAUAAGGCAGCAAGGUAGUUUGACAAACUGAACUAAAAAACUACAUCAAAGGGGUGAGAGUUAACAACAUUAGGAGGUCGAUACAGCCAUGUUAAAGUGUCUAUCUUUACAGCUGAGAGAGUUAAGUAUAAAUUAGCAUAACUAAGGCCCGGUUGAUAGACGGGCUUGCCUUUCUAGGUUAACUAAAUGUUAGGUUGAACCAACAUUUCCAUCAUGACGAUCUCAGAGAGACUCCAUUCAUGUUUCAUACAGUUUAUACUAUAGACACAUUAGGGACUAGCUGAGAUAGUAAUGCACUUUGUUUUGACCCGAAGUCAGUCUGAUUUGUCCAGAUACUAGAAUUAUAUUGUUUUCUAAAGGUUUAGCAGAAAAUCUGGUCAAGACUAGAAGCAUUUUGUUUCUGGACUUAAGUGUGACCUUUGACCAGAAGUGAACCUGAAAUAGAUUAUUUCCACAAAGGGUCUGAUUUUUGUACCCAUUCAUACAUGCGACCUCAUGCAUUUUAAAACGAGUUGAACAAACAGCUGCUUUGUGCUCUUUAUUAAGACCUAAAACCUGGAUCAAAUAAAUCUUUUGGGGUUAUUCAGUGUUGAUGUUUCUGGCUACUAUAAUAACUCUUGGAAGUGAUGAAGGUUAUGUGUUUAUUUAAAAAGUCUAGUGUUAUUAAUAACUAAUCAAGAGUGAGAUAAUUACAAUAAUCAUGAAUUACUUCACAAUGGGAAAUAAAAAGUUUAGCCAGAAUACAAGAGGAACCAAGAACAGCUUAGGGGAGUUUAUAAAUCCCUACUUGUAUUAAUUUUAAGCUUUUGAGCCCAAAUUAUAUUUUUUAAAGGAUUUUGUGCCAGUAGGUCAUUAAAGAAGCAGAAAAACUUGGUUUUAUAUAAACAAGUACAAAAUCUCCUCUUUAGUUUCACUAAAACACGCCAUUAUAACAACAUAGAAACAGUCAGUUUUGUUGCUCAUAUUCUGAUUUGCUUUGUUUAGUUAUUUAGAGACAUUAUUGUAAAUUUCUGUCUGUUUCAUACCCAGUUCAAAACACCACAUAGAACUUAAAGAGAAAUGGGUAAAAAAUGUAGGCAUAUUUACAUCAUUGGGACCCUAUCCAGGCAUCAGGUGGAUUGUGGGUAACGUUCAGGUUCCUGAAAGCAGACAGGAGCCAGAAAUGUUGGGGUGUGUCCUGCUCAGUCUGCAGAGGUUUCAGGUGAAGAGAUGGGAAAAUAAAGUGCUGUGCUUUGAAUCCACUCUCCUGCCAUUACAAUGUGUUGGUAUCAAGUAACACUUUGGGCUUUGCAGUAAAAAACAGGCCUGCCUACCUGCACAUUGUUACAGGCCCUCUGUUAAACACUUGGUCGGGUGUAUUUCCUUUUUCACAAGAACAUGAUAACAGGGUUUUUUUCACAGCUCAGCUCCUGGUAUUUUAAUGUAUGAGGUCGAACACAAACCCAGUUGUUUUUUCCUGUCAAUCAGAUGGUGAAAACACGACAAAGUGGCAUUGCAGCUGCAGGUUUUUGUGGCACAGAUCUGUAGCAACCAACUCUGCCAGUGUAACGAUGUUUUUACCCCCUUUAAAACUCGGAGUCACACUUGCUCUGCACUUUCUUGCUAACAUGUUAAAUGUCAAAUUGUCGGGUUUGAAAAAAUGUGUCUCCAAGGCUAUAGCUUCACUUCUUCUGCGGUUUCUUCCUCUUUUCUGGUUUUGUAUUGAAUGUGGAAGGUCACUAUAGUAAGGGUUUCCAUGGUGAUGAGUGUCAACACAAAGCCUGUCUGUGUUUCAUGGGUUGAAGUUUUAGCUCACGAACCCUCUUCAGUGAAGCAGUUUUGACUUUCUCACAUAUCUGUUUUUAUAUGUAAUGUUUGGGGCAUUAAAAAUUCAGCAUAAAUAUCCUGACAGUAAAUCUAAAUGACUUGAAAUGGUGCAAAAAAGAUCUGCAGGUUUUUUCUAGUAAAGCCCGUUUAACUCCAAACUUGCAAAGACGGUCCAGAUUUUAGUCUUUUCCCUUCAACUUUGCUUAAUAUUUAAACACAAGUAGUCCGACACACUGUCCAGCCAAUGGGUCUGAUUAAAUAUUUACCUCUUACUUAAAGGUCUGAGCAGGUUGUGUUGUGAACUAAUCAAUAAGUUGUAAAAUAAAUGAUGACUCAGACUUCCUGGUCAAAUUUGUGUGCCAAAUGUAUGAAGAUGGGUUAUGUUUAUUGCUAACCGUGGAUAUAUUGUUGUUGACUUUAUACUAUAGUGUUAAUGGCAGUGGCUGCAGCAUGUAUUUCAUUGCAGCCCAAGUGGAGGGACAGGAAAGGGCAGUGUUGUUGUUAGUCUGGGCGAGGUUUGCUUGUUGGGACACUCGGGGCUGUGAUUGCCUUCUGAAGGGAUCUUUUCACUCAGUUUAUUGGGCCAUUUAGCUGCUACGCCCACUCCUGUGUGUCGUAUAGGACUGUAAGACGCAGGCUCGUAAAGCCCGUUUUUUAAAGUCUGAUAAGCGCGCACACACACACAUGCACACAUAAGAGGGGCAGGGAGGGGUCAUGUAGAGGCCCGACAACAAUGGGAGGUGAUAGCGGGAUUCGGGACAUUAGUUAUAGUCUGUGUCGCCUCAUGUAUGAAUGUUUAACAUUGUCUCAACAGAGAUUUGACUCAGAUCUGUCCUCUUUAACCUUGUAGAUCCACUGGAGUAUGUCCUUUACAAGGUCUCAGUUUAAGGGAGAAAGGGGGGGAUUUUGAAAUUUGGGCAGGCUUCAAGUUUAUGUUGAAUGCCGUGCAGUGUGUCUUUAAUGAGGGAGAGAGGAGAUUAGGCUGUUUGCUGGAGCCUAAAAGAUUAGACAGAACCAGGAUGAGAUAAGAUAUAGUGUGUCUGUGAGUGUGUGUGUCUCAGAGAGGCCCCAGAGUGAGGGAUUAUAGCAUGAUGUUUCAGUUUAGAUUUUACCGGAGAUAGUGUGGAUGUGAGAGGUCAUGGGUGGGAUCCUGUCACAUGUUGCGCAACCUUUUUCCUCGCCCGCGAUCGAAUACAUACGAGAGUAACUUUUAUUUACUUUAGGGUGCAGGUGUGUGAACUGUGCGCCCAUGCUCUCAAACCCAGACAGUCACAGCUGUCACAAGCAGGAUUUGGCGAAAGCUGCAUUUCAGGACCUCAUACCCGCAGCUUACACCGCUUCAGUCGGCAUCACUCACCACCCAGAGUCCCCUGUCAUACUGAACGAUGAAGGUUUCAAUUUUCAGAGGUUAAAUCAGAAAACCAGAAAAGCUGACACAACCCAUGAUCCACACUCUGUGUUUGCCUUGAAUAAAUAUACUGUGUUAACUGCUGAAGGGGAAGACUGAGCUGAAAUAACAAACAACACAACCAUUACUCUGUCAGCUGCAUAAUGUCUCUGAAAAUUACAUCAAAUCAAGGUGCCAAAUUUUCAAAAUCCACAGUAGAGGGCAAAGUUGAGCUGACUCAAACAUCAUGACCUGUAUCAGCUGAUCAGUGCACUUAUAUGUGUCACAUCCACAAAUAGAGCCAAAACAAAUGGGCACUACUUCAGUCAACAUUUACCCUCUUAAAGCUCCUGUGAAGAUUUUUUCGUCUGUGUCUCUGUUUACAGAGACAAAGCAGUCUUUGCUCCUUUUGUCCUCAACAUGCUUAAGUAUCUUCUAAUAAAACAAGAUCUUAUCCUGCUGACUUUUGACAGUCAAAGAAACCAUUUAUUGUGAAUAUUUUAUAUGUAAAGUUUAAGAACAGAACUGUUUCUGCAGCUGCUUGGCUGACACCGAUCCUCUUGCCCGGUUUCAGGCAUUAAAAUAACAGAAGACCUAUAAAAAUUGUCAGUUUUGCUGUUGAUUAUCUUUCUUGCUUUUGUUUGUCAUAAAGAGGCAUAAAUAUGAAUUUUGGUCUGUUUCAUAAACAUAAAAGAACUUCUCACAGGAGCUCUAAAUACAUAACUACUCUGCAAAGUUGAUCCUAUCUACUACAGCUGAUCAGAGUUGCUAAGCUGGCUGGAGCCUGCUGAGCUUUUGCAUCAUUGAAUGACUCAAGUGCCACAUGUUUUUUUAUACUUUGCCCAUCAUAUUGCAGUAAUAAUAAAUGGAAGGAUAUUUCCUCCCUUGGUGCAGUAAAGAUAAUCUAGAGAUGGCACGACAUUCAGAAUAAGACUUCACUUUCAGUCUGAGUCACAGCAGCUGAUGGAGUCUCCGCACUGUACUGUGCACUGUAUGGUGUAUAAGUAAGUUCUUUUUAGAGACUUGAGGUAAUGCAAUCACUUAUGAAAUUGGACUCAUGUGGCUCUGAGAGCAGCUAACGACACAGACAUGUGAAUACAUGUGGCAUUGAUCAGCGGCCGCUGCCAGAGAGAUCUCAGAGGGAACAGAGGGAGAGGGUCUGAGUCCGUCAUCUCCACAAUCUGAGCGCUCAGCUGCAGGCCUUUUCAUUUUAAUACCCCGGGCAGAUUUUUUUCUUUAAUGCAAAGUUAAUAAGUGGGGAAUAUGUGCACAUUUAUAGUCUAUUUGAAGUAAAAACAGGGGUUUUCAAUCUUUUUUAAUGCUGUUGAAAGUAAGCCCAUUCAAGUUUAGAAGUGAUUUUCUCUUUUAUGCCAAACUGACUUAUUGUAUGCCCAGCCAGUGCUAUUCUGGCUGUACUUUUAGAAGUAAUUGUCUGACGUAUGACAUUUAAAAACAAACUUUAGUCUUAAACUUCAUUAAAAAAACCAUCUGCCUCCACAUCUGCUCAUUGCAUGCAAGACACAGUCUGUGCAGUUGACAUAUCCCUAGUUUUAUUGAUCAAACUUAAUGGAUCAGCACCCCAAAUAAUCUGAGUUGUCCCAACGAUAGGGACAAGUCCAGUUAUCUGUAUAACAUGAAUAUACUAUUUCAUCUUUACAAAUCAUUUGACAGAAAGCUGAGAUGUGAUAUUCACCUUCACCUUCCUGCCUCACACAUUUAUAACCCAGACUUGAUGUUAAAAAUGUAUUUUCUUCAAUUUCAACAUGAGAAAACUCUGAUAAUAUCAUCAUGACGUUACCAAGAUUAUUUCCAUGACCUUAACAAUUUCCCCCAAACAGAAAAGGACCAACUCUAAAGGGCAAACACUCUCUUUCUAUGAACCUCUGCGUCAUUUCCUAUUUGUUAAAACUCUUAGCAUUUGUCUCCCUCCCUUUUCCCUCAUGGCACAGAGUUUGGUUGCCAUGGUACGGAGCUGGGUGUUCAUUCAGAGUAUAACAAUGAGUGUAAAGUCAGUGGCCUGGUCUAAGAUUACACGAACACAGAGGUCUGUUUCCCCUUGAGAGAAAACGGUCACAACAGUGAGCCUCCUCAGCCGUCAUGCCUGCUGAUGUUAGACUCAAUAAACACAAAUCCUCUUUCUGUCGCCACUUUUCCCAUAAAUAAACUACUCUGGGUGAUUUUCUUUCAUUUUUUAUAACUUUGAAAUCUCACUCCGCUGUUAGACAAUUUGAAGUAAAUGUUUUUUGCAGGGGAGUGUCCAAACUUUUUUUGUCUAGGGUGGCCAAUCCCAGGUACUGACCUAAGCAGGGGUGGCAUGGAGUAUUUGUUUGCAUACAUACACACGAAUGUAUAUAUUUAAAAAACCUUUAAAAAGUAAUAAAACAGAGUAGUAACAUUAAAAUCAUCCACCCUUCUGGACACACCCCUGGCUGUGUGGGCAUGCAUUUCUGCUAAAGUCCCUUUAAGAGUGUAAAUCAUGCUAGCAGGUGUCCAACAGGAUAUCCUGCUUAAAACCAGGACAUGAGUAACACCUGAUCCCCUAAAACUGCCUACCAUCUUUUUAAGACAGUAGUGUUUUCAUAUCAGUUUGUGAUAAAGACUUCAAUUUUGUGCCAGCCUUUCCUCUGACCCCCCAGUAUCCUCACUGGCCUUUCCCCCUGUUUACAGCAGUAUUAAGUGGUUGCUACGUGGACGAUGGGCCAGACAUUCCUAUAGGAAGUGAACAACAAUGAGGAGCCAAGUCGGCAGCACUAAUUCACUGCCCAGGGAGACUCCUAUUGAGAUAUCCGCUCUAAGGUUUAGUCAGAUUAAUGUCUUCUGUCGGAGCCGAGGAAUGGCAGAUGGGUUUUCUUAACAAUCCCCCGUGUGUCAUGGGAUCAGUUCUUGUCAGAAAGACCCCUCUCUGUGGGAAUUAUGAGCCCAAAAAGAUCCCGCUGUGCUGAUAGCUUUUUUUUUUUUUUCUAGUUUAGUUUGUUUCAAAGUGACUUUGCAAGAAAUAUUCCUGUUCUCUGUCACCUUUCUCUAAAACUCACAAAACUGGUGUGACUGAUAAAGUCAAGCAAGAAAGUUGUUGCUAUGAUACAGCGAGUAGUUUUCUGCUCAGUCAGACUACUUUUUAUCUGUUUGGGAAGAAAAAAAGAGUUUUGUUAAGUUUGGAGGAUUUAUGCCACUUUUCAUGCAAUUUGGACAGUUUGCAGCUCUGAAAAGUCAGAGUAAAUUUACAAAACUUCCUCAGGCAUAAAGUUGAAUAAGAUUCAGCUUGAAACACAAACUGUCUCACUAAAACAUUUACACGUAUACUAAAAGGUCUUCUUUUAACCUAAUGACUACUUCCAAAACUAUUUCUUUCCUGUUGCGGUUAAUUGACCUCCUUUGUACAAUUAUUUGACCCAUUUCUUGACCUCCAAUUUUGCGACAUUAUGUGAAAUUUGGCAACACACUUACCUGCUGAAAAAAAAAGAUCUGUGGGUGUUUACACAUUUCUUGUCAAACUAAAGUUAUUAUUUGUCGUGCCUGGGUGUAUCAGGUGUGCGUGCAGUCAUCCUUCCCUCUGCAGAUAUCUGAUUUGUUGUUUAUUUGACCUGCCCCAGACUUCAGUGGUUCAAGUGUGAGAGUCAUAAAUGUUAAGUUUACAUUAAGUGUUAGCUUGGCAGUGUUUUUAUUGAAUGACCUGGGGCUGAUGGGAGAAUCGCUCAUGGUGAUAUACAACAUAGUUCAGGUCUGGACUGUAACAUUUGUUCAAAACCUGCUUCUCAAGCUUGCACACAAGCUGUAAAUCAGGCACCUGUGAGAUAUGCGGCUCUUCUGGGGUUAAAUCACUGUCUUGUCUCUUACCUUUUUUUUUCUCCCUCACAUUAAUGACAUGUAGCUGAUUAACUAGAACUAAUUUUCCAGCCCUGUAGUUAAGACUGUGUUCAUGCCCUUGUGUUAAGUUUCGUAUAAAGGGAGUCUAUGUUAGCUCAGCUCAGUUGCUAAUAAUUCACCAGCAGUGAGAUCUGGUUUGUCUUACAGCCUUUUCUGAGCUCACCUCUCAUUAUUAUAUAUUCAUUAUGCUCUGUUUAUACUGUAUGUAUAUGUUCACGGAGGACUAGUCCCAAAAGGCAGAUAUUGGUGUCAGAAACUCAAUAUUUUAGUCAAAAAUUCAUUUCCAGAAGAAAUAACUGCGUGGGCUAAGCAAACAUCUCUCGUCUUCCUUUUAAAUAAUCAUUCAGGGGGUCCCUAAUGGAGUCAUACAGUAAAAAAUGAAACCAUCCACAUCCUUAGUGUAACCAUAACAACAUUAAAGUCAUGCCUAAUUCCAACCAAUUAUAAUUCCACAGUAUAAUAAACUGUUGAACUCGACUCUGUACCUAAUAUAGAGAUGUAUGUGUGAGAGACAUUUGAUAGAGAGCAAGUGGAUUUGGAUCUGCAGGUCUACCUGCUUGUUUUACAUUAACCCCCUAAUUAUCUGGAUACUAAGUACAAAAAUAAGGGAGUUGAAAUCAAUCAGCAUUCAACACAGCUGUAUGACUUAAAAGUGUCGGUUCUUGUGUUUUACGUAAACUCAACCUCCAUUUAUGCAAAUCAGUAACAGCACUCCUGCUUAUCGUAUUGCUAAUAUUCAAAAUUUGCAUAUUUGUAGUGGUCAGAAUUAGAGGUCAUGUUUACUUGUGUGUGUACUUACCUAGUAUUAAGACACAACUGGUUUUAUCUUGUUGCAUUGCUGGUGUUUCUGUAUCAUUGCUUCUGCUCUCUCUAUUGACUUAGUAGCAGAAAUUCCUGUUUGCCACUGCAUGUUGCUUCAAUUAUGCUUCUCCAUAUGUGAAACUGUGUUGAUUGUUUUUGCUCUGAAAUGUUUCUAAAAUGUCUGGUAAGCUUUAAAGCAACUUGACUUCAUGAUUUAAAAGCUUGUGGCUUUUGUAUAAUAGAGUCCCGUGGUUUGUUUGUAUGUUUAAUAAUAUCUUUCAGAGAUUACUGUUCCCAAGACUGUCUCUGUCUUUUUCUCUGGGUCCCUCUCACUUUCGGUAACAUGUUUGUGUUAGGGAACCUCCUAGACAUGUGGGGUUGUGUGAUAUGUGGGGCAGGAUAUCUGAUCUUCCCAGCAGGCAGACCCGUGGUCAUUUCUGUGGGAGUAAUGGAAUUUCGCGGUCUCUCCUGAUACAGAUGGAAUUUUCAAAAGCAGUCAGGCAUGGUUCAUAUAACUCACAUAAAUAGACCACCUCGGUCAUGAUUUAGAAGGUGGUUAGGAGAGGAAUGUCAACUUCAGGACUUAAAGUUGUUUUCACUGGCAGCACACGGCAGAGAGAGACCUCUCUAAUCCAGGUGUGUUUGUGUGUACUGCAGCGGACCCACCUGUUUCCACCCAAUAAUCUGUUCAUGUUUGUGUGUUUCAGGUGAUCUGUCACCAGUGCAGAUGUCCGCUGUGCCGCAGUCCCAGUUCAUUCCCUUGUCUGAGGUGUUGUGCUCUGUCAUCUCGGACAUGAACUCCUCUCAAAUCAUCGUCAACCAGGAAGCACUUGUGAACUACAUGAGCAAAGCCCACCCAGGUGACUAGAAAUGUUGACUCAACCGGUUUUUAUUGCAGUUAAUGUGAAAAUUGAUGCAAUUGUCAUGUCUGUAUGGAUGAAAUAAGCUCUAGCCAUAAACGUGUUCAUUUUAACAAAAAAAAAAAAAGGGGGAAACAUUAAAAACAGUUAGCCUAGCUCUUUCUAGUGGUCUCAAACUAUGUCCUCCAGAAAUCUUAAAGCUCUCAAACAGCUGUUGAUUAUUGUGUGUUUGAAAUGGUAAGUGUUAAGGUCUCUAACACUCAACACCAACGGAUAUAAAAAUGGUUUCAAUCCUUGUAUCGUCCUUUCUAAAAAAAUUCCUGUUAUGUUUUAAAAAUGUUGACAUUUUUGUUUAUAAAGUUGCAAGGUUUGGUCUCUAAUCCCUGACAUAAUUUAGGCUCCUUCUUGUAUUUUCUGUGCCACAGGGAUUACCAUUCCCACUCAGGACAUCCUCUACAAUGCUCUUGGCACUCUGAUAAAAGAGCGCAAAAUCUACCACACAGGCGAGGGCUACUUCAUUGUCACCCCUCAGACCUACUUCAUUACCAACAACAUGGUUCGAGAGAAGAACUUGUGGACCUCUGGUUCAGCAGAUGACCCUCCCUCACCUCCUCCCAUUACCUACUUAUUGAGCAACGAUGCUUGUGUUGAGAGUACUCAAACUCCACCUGUUGCACACUGCAAGUCCUGCAGCUGCUUCAGCCCUCUUCAAACGCCACCUAAUGCCACCUCAAACACUGUGACAGCUACCAACCCUCCCUCUAUAGUUCCAGACCAGAAUUCUGUCUCUGUUUCUAUUAGUGAAUGUACAGGAAAGAGCUUAAAGUGGCCUCGGCCAGUAGAUCACAAACCCACCGUGCAACAUCAGUCCACUUCCACAGCUGCAGACUGCCAAGCAAGUGAGAUCAGCAAAACGACGGCAACUACUAACGCCACUGGGCGCAAAGAAAAGGACAACAAACCAGGGAGGAAGUUUGGUCUCAGUUUGUUCAGGAGGAAUGGAGGUAAAAAGGAAAAGCCAAAGAAGGAGUAUGCAUCAUUUUCAGGUCAGUUUCCUCCAGAAGAGUGGCCUGUUAGAGACGAGGACGACCUCAACAACCUACCUCGUGAUCUCGAGCAUGCCAUCAUCAAACGCAUCAACCCUGAACUGACUGUAGACAACCUGACACGCCACACGGUCUUAAUGAAGAAGCUGGAGGAGCGUAAAGAGCGAGGUAUAGACAGAGUGCUGGACAGAGGUCUAGAAAGGGACGAUAAAGGAGUGGACAAGGGAAUUUCCACUGAGAUCCUGACCUUCUCUAAACCAAGGCAUCAUCACUCAUCUAAGGCGGGAGCAGGGAAAAGAUCUGCCCAGAAGGCCUCUCGUAGCAAGAGGAGGGCUCACUCCUCUAGAGAGAAACAACGAGAGAGGGAGAGGGUUAAGAGUAAGGCCCCUUUAUGUGUGGAUGAUUAUCCAGAGGGAGAGGAUUUGACCCUGUCUCGGCUCAGGGUGGAAAUCCCUGUUGACGAACCAGAUCAAGCAGAAGAUGGUGGAGCUGUUGAGGGAAAAUCUCUUUAUAAGAAACGUAUUGAAAACCCUUUCCAGACGAGUCCAAUCAGAGAAGCUGAUCCUGUUACUCCUUCCAACAUCAACAAAGAGCACAGAAGACGAGAAACGAAAGAGGCAAAGACUUCAGGGUCGGGAAGAAAAGAACGAGCAAGUCAGCGCUCUAAAUCCUGGGAUCCACAUCGAGCAAAAGUAAUCACAGCAGAAGGGGAGUAUGCAGGGAAAUCCCCAACAUCUGACGACAGGUACAACUGUGUUCAAGAAAGGGAUCUCACUGCUGAUCAUUUGCUCCAACCAGACUUAAAGCUCAACAGAGAGCUGCCACUCGACUACAGCUCAGCCUACCCUCAGAGCAGCACGCUCCGGAUAGACGACAAGAUCCGACAUCAGAGGAAGGAGAUCUGGGAGACAGAAAACAGAUCUGGUCAGGAGGCAGACUUUGGCACUGUGUCAGACCAGAACCCAACUAUAGAUAAUGGUCUUUCUGAUGCCCAACAAUACCCCAAUAUCAAUACAAUCCAUCUUAGCCAUCCCUAUGAACCUGUCAUAAACCACUCAUAUGACCCUAUCUCGCCAUGGCCAAGGCCCUCUUUGCAGCGAAAACACUCACUCAGACUCUCUAAUCCACAAAGGGAUGAUGUUCAAAGACCAGAUGAACUCCUCUCACGCCAGCAGACCUGUGAAACUGUACCCUCUCAGGAACACCAGGAGCCGAGACCUUUUGCUAUACAUAACAGAGAGGAAAGUGCCACAAACCAAGGAGAAAGGACGGAUUUGGCGAUUGAUAGAGCUCCCCCUAUGACGGACACUUAUGGCCUCAUCGAAGAUGAUUACAGACUCUAUCAGAGGGUGGAGGAACAAGAGGAUGAAGAUGCCUGCAGCUCCUUGUGUCUGAAUGAGGAGGAGGUAAUUGAUUCUGUGAACGUGUACCAAACAAGUUCAGGCGACUUCCAUGACCACAAAUUGGUUUACCGUAGCCAUGAAUCAGAUUUACAACAUCAGGGAACCAACAGUUACUAUUACAACUCUGGACCACAAGUUGCUUCAAUGCGAGACUCAAGGGAAGGUACUUACAAAGAAAUCAAAAGGGAUGCAUCCCUUAGCCCCACCAGAUCUGGAGAGAUCAGCUGGAGACCCCACCAGAAAACUAGAUCACCAGGGACCCAAAGUGAAUCCAGCCCCAGACGAGGAAAGUCAGUCCAGGAGGACAUGCUUCAUGAGGUCAGCCAUGAUUUGGAAACAUCAGAAGUUGCUGACAGCAGCAUCUUCGAUUACUGCCACACUAGUGAAGUGGAGUCAGACACCGAGACCGUCCGAAAGUCAGCUGAUGAGGGUGACGGUGAAUCUGCUCACUGGGCAGCCGAAGUGCGGGACAAUGAGUAUAACGAGACAGGGGAUCCUCACACCCACAGAGUUGUUCUGAGCAUGCCCAGUGGUGCCAGAGGGGCAGGCAUUGGGGAGGCAGUGGAAAUGUUGGAGAACCAGAGCAUUACAGGAGACAGUGGUAUAGAUUCUCCUCGGUAAGUGCCUCUCCUUUAUACCUUUCAACAGCAAGUGUUAUGAGAUACUGGGAUAUUGUGUUUCCAUUUCGUAAUAGGUCAACUCGAGACCAGCAGCAUCUUUUAAAAGCCAUUGAACUUAUUGAAAGUGAUAUAAUAGACACAGACUGAGUAAAAAAUCUGUUUUCAGUGAGAAAAGAGUGAUCCAAAGCCAACAAAGAAAUGACUCUAUUUCUUCAAAUUGGUCAUUGCAGCCAGGAUUGUCUCUGGUUUUCACACCUCAUGCUCAAUUUUAUCUUUACACUAGACUUUCCCUUUGCAUUCUUGAGGGGACAGGCAAAAUAAACACUACUUGAGUCAGUUAACCUCUAGGUUAUGCGUGUGCAGUUGGCCUUCUUCCCAAUUUGAGCUUUUUCCCUUCAAAGCAAGCUGAGCAAACACCUUGUGACCAAUUACAGCAUUGAGUAUUUGGACAAAGGGACUCAUUUCGAUAAUUAUGUGUAAUUGGUAGGGAGCACUUAAACUCUCAUGUGGUAAUCAAAAAGUCAGAAAAGACCCCUUUUACGACAUUGAACUUGGAUUGCACCCAAGUUUGUUGGAGGACAGAUGGCUUUCACAAAGACGUCACCCCAUGUAGAAUAGAUGGCAUAUUUAUAGACCUAAUCAACCUCAUGCAUAUCCUUUUUCUGCUCCACAGGACUCGUGUCAGUCUGGCCUCCAGCAACACAGUCAUUCUGGAGGGUCUCAAGAGGAGAGGCUUUCUACAAAACCUGGAGAAACUGCAUGCAAAGAGCAGCACCAUUCGGCCACAGAGCUCACUGCUUCAGUUAACUCCCGUCAUGAACGUAUAACAGAUCUCUUUACAAUGAACAAGCCAAAACAAUGUGCUUGAACACUCAGCUCUAUGCAACUCCUAUCCAAUAACGUGUAUUUCCAUGUUUAUACUGAUAACAGCUAGAGUAUGUGUACAGGUGUAGAAUAUAUAUAAAUAUUUUCUUUCUGUAAAUAACUUUAAAGGCGACAUACUAUGGUUUUCUAUUCAUUGAGUACCUUGUAUAUGAUCUGUUACUUGCAUGGCGUACGGUGGCAUUUUUGUGAUAUAAAUGUACAGUUAUCCUUCUCAUUAUUAUUCAUUGGUUAGAAUUAACAUCUCAUUCUCUUUACUCUCUUACCAGUUAAUAAAAUGUAACUAUGUAUUUCAACCGAGAUGUGUUUUAUUUUCCACGUUUUGCCCCAUAAAAAUGACAUCUACCUGCGACAUUAACGUGAGACCAACUGCUGCACC